GCUCCUUGUAUCUUCCAGAUGGCAAUGUCUAUUAUUCCAUCUUUUUCGGAGAACAAUGUAGCUAGUACAGUCAUGCCUCUAGAAGCAUCGCUAUAUUCAUGAGGCUAGAAGCACCAAAAGACCUUAACUCUUCCUUUGUUUCACCUGUGAUACUGCAACCCUUCACUAGUGUGCCCAUGAAUGAAAAUGCGACACAUGCACCUGACAACAUUACUAUUCCUAGAUUUAUGAAUAGUGAUUACUCUGAAGCUCACUCUGUGACAUCUGAAAUGUCCCACCUUGCCUACACAGACCCACUACUAGGUGAAAUGUCCAUCAUAGAAAACAUGAAUGAAGAUGCUUUCAUAGAUCCAUUACCAAUAGAAAUGGAGAGAAUUGAAAAGGAGAAAGAAGAAGCCUUCAAGAUACAUGAGCAAAAGAUAUUGCAGCUCCAAUCUGACUAUGAAAAGGAGGUUGAAAAGUAAGUGUAAAGUACAAGAUGUUGCUUCAGAAUGUUAAUACUGAAGUAGCUCUAAAAAGAACGGAACUUGAGACACAAUGUGAAUUAGUGUUAAGGAAUAAGGUAUUAGCUCAAGUUUGGACCCAUAAUCUUGAUAGUUGUGAAGGAAAUGGUGUACAGUGCACAGAA